AUGAGGCUCGAACAUGAUGGCGGGUCGCUGGCUGGAGACUCCGAUCGUGAAGAGCUCAAUCGUUUAGGGAAGAAACAAGUGCUCAGGGCAUUUCUAAUAAAUAACCAGAGAGGCUUCCGCUUUCUCUCUAUCCUAGGCUUCAGCUGUGCUGUCCUCAUCACUUGGGAGGCUUCGCUAGUCCUGUUCCUUACGGGUCUUCGAAAUGGCGGCCAUGCAGGCAUCAUAUAUGGCUACAUAGUGAUAUGGGUCGGAAACCUGGCUGUCUUCACAACCCUUUCUGAGCUCGUCUCCAUGGCUCCUACCUCUGGCGGACAGUACCAUUGGGUCGCGAUGCUGGCUCCAAAGUCAAUGGCGAAAUUUCUCAGUUACAUUACCGGCUGGUUGACCGUGGCUGGAUGGCAGGCCGGUUUCGCCUCUGCUUGCUUCUUGACCGGCUCCAUGAUCCAGGGACUCAUUAUAUUUACGAACCCGUCUUAUUCACCUAGCUCCUGGCAUACCACUCUGCUUCUCUGCGCCGUAGCGUUGUACUGCGUCUUUGUCAAUGUUGUGACCAGCAGGUUAUUGCCUGCGUUUGAAAAGAUAGCAUUGGCUCUCCAUGUUCUCGGAUUUUUAGCAGUUUUGAUACCGCUGGUUACAUUUGGAGAAAAGAAUGAUGCAAAUCUCGUAUUCAAAAAUUUCAUCAACGAGGGAAAUUGGUCCAGUCAGGGUGUCUCCUUUUUGGUCGGGUUGAUUGGAAAUGCAUUCGCUUUUUUGGGUCAGUUCACAGUCCUCGGCCUUUUUCUGAUGUAUCCUAUUUUUUUUUGGCUAACUAUAUUGAUAGGACUUGAUGGUGCAUAUCAUAUGUCAGAGGAGAUCCAAAAUCCAUCCAUUACGGUUCCGCGCUCUAUUAUCCUUACUCUCGUUAUUAAUGGGAGCCUCGGAUUAUCAAUGCUCAUUGCGACUCUAUUCAGCAUAGUCGACCUGUCCGCUUCUAUAGAGUCACCAACUGGUCUCCCGUUCAUUGAGAUCUUCCGGCAAUCCACGGGUUCAAUUGCUGGUUCUGCUACAAUGGCGUCAGUCAUCGUUACGUUAGCAUUGUUUGCAAACUGUAACUACCUGGCUUCGACAUCCCGUAUGACCUGGUCGUUUGCAAGAGAUCGCGGCCUGCCAGGCUGGAAAUCAUUGACUAAGGUUGAGAAACGCACCGAAGUACCGUUGAUGUCAAUUCUCGUCACCGCUACCAUAACUAUCCUUCUCUCUCUCAUAGUUAUUGGUUCAACGACGGCUUUCAAUAUCAUUGUGUCUUUGACGGUUGCUUGCUUAUAUCUCAGUUAUUUGCUGGCCACGAGCAUGCUACUGUACCACCGAUGCGUAGGAAACGUCUCAUAUCCUUCUAGUAACACGGGAAUGGGCCAAACCCUUGCCAAUACUACCGGCGCCCGUCUUAUUUGGGGCCCAUGGCAUCUCCGUGGUGCCAUGGGGAUUGCAACAAAUAUAUUUGGAGUCAUAUACCUGACGGUAAUCCUGAUAUUCAGCUUCUUCCCUGCUGAUGCUUCUCCGACGGCAGAAGGCAUGAAUUACAGCGUCGCCAUUUGGUCGUUCGUGAUUGUGUUUAGUAUUGUAUAUUACCUUGCAUAUGCGCGGAGAGUGUACGAUGGACCAGUAGUGGAAAUUGAUACCACGCCGUCUAUUGAGCCCGCUCUCAAACAGUGA